AUGGCUGGCCGCUCCCGCAAUCCACAUUGGUCUCUUUCCCAAGUGCAAAGGCGCAGCCGUCGGGGGUUAACCUCUGUUGCCUGCCACCCCGGCCUCAAGGCCACUAAUGCAGUUUGGCUCCCAUGGAACACCAUCUUCAUCGCGGCGUAUGAGGGCUCCAAACGGGCGGCCGCGAGUGCGGCUUGCUCGCCAGCCCCAGGCGGAGGUAGCGGCGUGGCCGCGGCUGCAGACGAGGAGGGGAUGCAGUCUGCCCCCAGCAGCUGCGGCUCCGGCACCUCCUCGACGGCCGAGGAGCUGUCGCCCUUCGUACUGGGGAUCUGCUCCGCUGGCAGUGCCAGCCUGGCGGGCAUCCUCACCCACCCCGCGGAUGUGGUGAAAACGCGUCUACAGGUGCUGUCGGCGUGUCAGGCGCAUGCUCGUGCGACGGCCUGGUCUCUGGCCUGCCAAAUGUGGAGAACUGAGGGUCUUAAGGUCUUCUUAACUGGGUUGGGCGCCCGCAUCCUUCAGCUGGCUCCAGCUGCGUGCUCAAAGCAGGACCCUUCGGAUGACACGUCGUCUGGCCCUGACAGCCAUGCAAGCGGACACGCCCGUUUGCCAACAUCCAUCGUAACUCGACGCUCAGAGGACACGCAGGCCUCACGACUUGCAAAGUCCCUUUCCACAGCGUACUUGCUGAACGCUUCCAGUACACAGGCUGCGGACGUGGCGGUGUCCAAUUCCGAUGGUGGCGUGCCGUCGGGGGCCGCCACAGUCGCAACUUCAAGCGGUAUGGCGGGGGCUUGGCUAGACCAGGGCAGGGGCCGGAAACAGCCCGCAGCGCAUCUUAGGAUAGUCCAGCUGCAGUUGUUCAGCUGCUGUGCUUUGGCAAGGACAGGCUAUGUAAGACAGGGCUAUUUUUCUGGGGUUUGGGCUGUGCCUGCAGUAGGAUCUCGCCGCCAUGCAAAUAUGGUCAACGUCGCAGCCGCAAGCCUUGCUCUCGCCGGUGGUGGCCCUACCCCUAGCGGCGGUCGUCUUGCCCUCACCGGGAGCCACCGCAAUGGCCCCAGCCGCUGUCGGCACUACCCACGGAUGCAUGCCAGCCACAGCGUGGGUUCGGGGGAUGAGCCGCUGCAGACGCUGGCAGCCUACGUGUUGGCUGAGGCGCAGCCAGCGGAGAAGACGCCCACAGCGGACGUCGUGUGGGGUCAGACGGAACGGGAAAGAGUAUACAACUUCCUGUUGUACGUGCCGUACCAGCUGGAGCGGCUGAUUUGGUUUGGUUCGCUGCUUCUGGUGGACUCGUUUCUGGGCGUGUUCACACUCUUACCGCUCCGCUGCGCACUGGCUAUGGCACAACUCGCCUUCGGAGCAGCGACUGGGGCGACUCCACUCCGCCGGACGCGGGACCCGCGUGGCGCGGCGGCGGCUGAGGCGGCUGAUAACAACAAUGUCACCCCAGGGCCAGGACCUGACAGACGGCUUCCCAGAAUCUCGUUCGCUGACGCGACCUCCGGAACCACAUCCGUGUCGGAGAGCUCCACCGCCGCGGCGUCUUUCCGAGGUGCUCCCAGUUUCAACGGUGGAGUCGCCGCGGCGGCCGCAGCGGCGGUAGCUGCCGUUGACGGCCGGUCGCGCGGCGGCGGGACAGCGGCGCCGCGGCUUAGUGGCAGCCAGUUGUAUGACAUGGUUUGCCUGGCGAUCUUGUUUCUGGCCACCGCCGCGCUGCGGGCGAUUCUGUCCAAUUUCGGCAAUGACGUGUUGGAGGCGCUCUCCGGCACGUGCACUCAGUGGCUCGCGGGCAAGAAGCGGCUGUGGGAGCUGGCGUCGGAUGCGCUGGUGGCUUGCAUUAUCGUGACCCUGCAUGCGCUGACGCUGAUGUGCCAGGCCUUAAUCGUGGCUGUGGCCCUUAACUCGUCGCGGAACGGUCUGGUAGCGCUGCUAAUCGCCAAUAACUUCGUGGAGAUCAAGAGCACGGUUUUUAAGAAGUGGGACAGUACCCGGAUCUGGGCGCUGGUAUGCGCGGAUGCUGUGGAGCGGUUUCACUUGCUUGUGGUUCUGUCCUUCGUGGUGGUGGAGGAGAUGGACAGCGCCGGCUCCUGGUUGCCACCGCACGACUACUUGCGCGUGUGCGUGCUGAUGGUGGCCGCGGAGGUGGUCAUUGACAUCAUCAAGCACGCCGUGCUGGGCAAGUUCAAUGAAGUGCGGCCCGGGCUGUACCGCGAGUUCCACCAGGAGUUGUGUGCCAAGGCGCUGGCGGCACAGAGCCACUCCGCGCCGCGGCUGCUCAACUUCCACCACCUGGCGCCCGCCGCGCUGGCGAUGCGCAUCGCGGUGACGCUCUUCUGGCUACGCGUGGAGACACGCGCACAGAUGUGGCCGCGGCUGUUCAUCGUUGCCGCAUUGUACGGCAUCCUUUGCGGUGUGAAACUUCUGUUUGGCUACUGCAUUAAAGUGUUGGCGCACUACCACAGCCGGUAUUACAACCGCAAGUUUGGCGUCAAGGCAUAUGGCGCCAGGCCGGCGCCAGCAUCACGUGCGGCGGCGGGCACCGUCACUGGACAUCCGAUGGGAACGCCGGCGACGGGAACGGGGCUGGGAUGGGGCCCUGUCGCCAGUGCCCCGCUCCCGCACCCAACAGCACCGACUGGGCCCUCUACGCUGAGCCUGACGGUACCUUCGCACCCGGGGCUGACGGCGGGGACGCCUCAGCAGCCGCUUUCACCAGCCUUGGCUGCGGCCCCUGCUGCGGCCCCUGCUCCGUAUGGGCCAGGCCAAGGCAGCUCGGGGAACAGCUACCAGCUGCCCUCUGUGGAGCUGACGGCUGCGGUGAACACGGCAGCGCACGGCGGCUCGCGGGGGCCCGUAUCACCCCUGGCCCUUGUGGGUGCGGUGCCGCGGCGGUUGAGCGGGCCAGCACCGGGUGUGGCGCCGGGCACCGCAGGGGGAUCUGGGCCGGGGCUCGCGACCACUCUACUGUCAACUCUUUCGGGGCUAGGUGCAGGAUCGGGGCAUGCGAAAGUAGAUUGA